UAUUUGACUUGGCACAGGCAGUGAUGAGAAAUCAUACAGCAAUAACAAUAUUCAUCCUGAUGGGAUUGACAGAUGACCCAAAACUACAAGUUCUGCUUUUUGUAUUUUUGUUCCUUACCUACAUGUUGAGUGUGGCUGGGAACCUCACCAUCAUUACCCUCACAUUUUUGGAUUCCCAUCUUAAAACUCCCAUGUAUUUUUUCCUCCGAAAUUUCUCUUUCUUAGAAGUUUCAUUCACCACUGUCUGUAUUCCCAGAUUCCUAUAUACUAUCAUAACUGGAGAUAAUACUGUCACCUAUAAUGCUUGUGCUACCCAGUUAUUUUUUGUUGUCCUCUUUGCAGCAACAGAAUUUUUUCUCCUUGCGGCCAUGUCCUAUGACCGCUACGUGGCCAUUUGUAAGCCCCUGCAUUACACAACCAUCAUGAACAACAGAGUCUGCACUAUACUUGUUCUCUGCUGUUGGUUUGCUGGCCUGUUGGUUAUCCUCCCACCUCUAGGCAUGGGCCUCCAGCUGGAAUUCUGUGAUUCAAAUGUGAUUGAUCAUUUUGGUUGUGAUGCAUCUCCUAUUUUACAAAUAACCUGUUCAGACACAGUGUUAAUAGAAAGAGUUGUGUUGAGUUUUGCUGUGCUGACACUCAUUAUUACCUUAGUGUGUGUAGUUCUUUCCUACACAUACAUCACCAAGACCAUUCUAAGAUUCCCUUCUACCCAACAAAAGAAAAAAGCCUUUUCUACCUGCUCUUCUCAUAUGAUUGUGGUUUCUAUCACCUAUGGCAGCUGCAUCUUCAUCUACAUCAAACCUUCAGCAAAGGAAGGAGUGGCCAUUAAUAAAGUGGUAUCUGUGCUCACUACUUCAGUUGCCCCCUUGCUUAAUCCAUUCAUUUAUACACUUCGAAACAAACAAGUGAAAGAUGCCUUAAAAGACACAGCAAAAUUGAUUGUAUUCCUCACAAAGAAGUAA